AUGUCAACCUCGACGCCAAACCCUAAUGGACUAUACCCUGUAGUGGAGCUCAACUUCAAAGAUGUAUUUAUUCAAAAUCCUUUCUCGUAUAAACAUGGUAUGAAAUUCACAUUCAAUGAUAAUGAUUUUUCUGGAAUGACAUACUCUGAAUUUAUCACCUUUCUCGAAUGGUUCAAGCAAAAAAGUAUAAAGAAGUUAUACUACUAUGAGCCAGGUAAGCCCUUAUUAUAUGGGAUAACUGCUAUUCUUAAUGAUGGAGACUAUGCUUCUUUCAUUUUUUAUGGUUAUGUGACCGAUGGUAUAAUUUCCCUUUAUGUGGACCAUUAUGGUCAAGGAAUAGAGGACUGGUUUGGCACUGAGAUAGAAGAGGAAGAAGAUGGUGUGUAA